AUGUCCGCCGAAGAAAUGAACACGAAGCUGCCACAAGGCGAGCAGAACGAAAGCCUCGGAUUUGCUAAGAGACUAAGCAAGAAACUGUCAAUGAGCCACGGAAACAAAGAAGGCUCUUCCCAGGGAGGAAAGGCCAACGAGAUCCUCAACAGAAGCUCAUCCAUUCGGGACGAAGUCAACCAAGGAAACUUCAACGGUGCCAAGGAGAUCAUUACCAAAGGCCAAUCAACCAAGGAAUCAGUCAGCCAAGGUGAUUUCGCUGGAGCAUCAGGCAGCGCGGGAAGAAUCACCAAAGAUGCCACCAACCAGGAGAACGCCCAAGAUGCCCAGCAAGUUGGCAAGGGCGGAAUCGGACAAGACAACACUGGCAAGACUCCCACAGGUGACUCGAAUCUCGAGCAGAGAGACACCCAGACUGGCCAGUCAGACACCGCAAAUCCGAAGCAAGACGACAGCGGCAGAAAAUCCGAGACCCAAGAAGAAAAAAAGGAAAAAUCACCCAAAGAAACACCGGACGCCCAAGGCGAUGAAGCCCAAAAGUCGGAAAAGACAGAAAAGAAGGAUCGCAGGGGCAGCGUGGCAGCUGGUGUCCUCGAGCCCAACUACGACAUCCGAAAAGGACCCAUCACUGUUCCCGGCACUUUCCAAGAGAAGAACUACCACAGCAAGGAUGGAAAAGAAACUAUCAUGCCAAGAGGAGCCAACAGUAAAUCUCUCUCGGAGGAGGCAACGGACGAAAGCAAAAAUGCCAAUGCCAAUGCCAGCCAAGCGAACGCUGAACAGCGAGACUUUUCCAAAUCCGAGUCCGGCAAAGCGGAAGAUGCUACUCCGAGCCAAGCAAAGUCCGGAGCUGCCAUUGCCGGCGGAGACUACAGCGACAGCUUUAUCAAGAACGAGCUCAAUGAUCAGAGGAACAUUGGCCCAGAUGUUUUUGACGACGGCACUGGCGGCAAAGACGCUUCCAAGAUGUCAGCAGGUCAAGAUGCUUCAGGCAAAUACCACCUUGACAAGGCACAUCUUGACAGGCAGGGUUCCCUGACAUCGCAAGAAGCCGGCAAAGGCGCCGCCGCCGCCGCCGCUAUCACAGGUGGAGGCUAUGCAGCUAGCAAAGGGGUUACCAGCAAGGGAUCUACCACUCGAAACUUGACGACCAAACAAGCAUCGACCACUGGGUCUGGUGCUGUGGCAAGUCAAGACCCGGCAUCGAUUAGCCCGAAGAGUGGAGCUGUUGCUGCUGGUGCAUAUGGUAACACAGCCAGACCAAACUUUGCAACCAAGCACAAAUCCUACGCCGAAGCAGCUAGCAGCCAAAGCAGUCUUUCGGAUAACGCCAAGCCCACUGGUGGAGGCAUUCGAGAAGCUGCUCCCUAUGCAGGAGGCAUUCGACAAGCUGAUCCCGCCGCUCCCUCUGGUGGAGGCAUUCGAGAAGCUGCUACCUCUGGCGGAGGCAUUCGAGAAGCUGCUCCCUAUGGCGGAGGCAUUCGACAAGUCGAUGCCUCUGGUGCCACCAGCAAAGGUGGCUUCAGUGGUGGCGUGGCUGGUCUCGGGAACACCCAGUCCCGAGGCUCGAAGUCCACCGUCGUCGAAGGCGUAACCACCAAGCGCACUGUCAGACAGCUCAGUACUGGUGGUUACAAACUCACUGUUCUACAAGAGAAGGUCCAGGCUGUUUCUCACAAGUGCAAAACUCAACUUGGCUUAUCUUCGAGUGAGAUUAGCAAGCGUAGCACUAAUGUCGAUGCUUUCUUCGAUGCUGUCGCCGUUGAGCGUCUCCGUUGGAUGCCUCGGGAUGGAAGCAGACUCGAUUGCAGUCUCCGCUGGGCUUCUAGACUGGCAUAUGCUGUUGACGCCCUGCGGGAAUCUGUCGGAGCCUUUGCACCUGCUGCAAACGAGGCUGCGACCCUCAUCUGGGGAUUCACUAUCCUUUUACUUGAGUCUGACCUUGACAACACUGAUGUGUUUGAGAGUGUCUUUGGACGUUAUGGUCGUGUCGCCGUUGGCGUCUACCUGCUCCUGCAGUAUGAGACCGCCUACAAAUCUUCCCCAGAGCUUCAGCCCGAAGUCGCAGCUGUCUUUGCAGACCUGCUUGAGAUGGUUUGCAGCACCACCAUAAGCUGUGUCGAUGGGUUAAAGAGCAAGGAAUCUGAUCAGGUCAUCGGCCGCAACGUGGAUUCUGCCUUUGUGACCUACGCCAAGCGCUUCUCAACCCACUGGAACAUCAUCGUUGAUGCUCACACAUCCAAGAUUGUGGAAGGUAGCUCAUUGAUCUAUUCAUCGCCCGAACUUGGCAGCCUGCGUCAGUUCCUCGGCGUACAAGACCGCCCUUUGCAAUUCAUCCUGGACUCGCGUGCCCACUCAAUUGCCGAGGGAUCGUUUGAGUGGUUCAAUAACACACUCUACGACUUCACGGUUUCGAGUUCUCCUGCGAUGGUGAUUGCGGGUGGUCCUGGAUCUGGAAAGAGUGCAUUGGCUCAAUGGACCGUGGAGAGAUUGCAAGAGUCGGCAGAGCAUGACAGUUGGAACGUGGUUCCAUACACCAUUCGCGCCGAUAUCCCUGUUGCGACAUUGCCCCUGCGCAUCCUGAAGGGUGUUUUGCACCAGAUGUUGGAUCACUCCGUGAGCGACAAGAUUACCCAAGAGGCAGUCCUGGUCGAAGUUGCUCAGGCAGCUCAGGCAGCUAUUGAUGGAGCCGGAGAUGACUCAGUCGAAGAAUCUUUGUGGAAGGGUAUCCAAGCUGGUCUUUCUGCGAACAUCCAGUACAUGUUCGUGGUUGAUGGAAUCGACCAGAUCAAAGGUGGAGAUGCCGAAGCUACGGCAUGCCUGGACCACUUCUGCGAUCUUCUGUCACACCAGAACGCUGGAUCUAAGAUGAUUGCCUUCACCAGACCUCUCAGCACGAGACCUCAUUCGAAGGGUAUCCAGCAAUUUACUAUCCAGCCUUCGCAAACCAAGACAGAUCUCACAUCAUAUGUCAGCAAAAUGCUGUCGUAUAGUGCGAACUUCGAUACCCAGAAGAGCAAUCAGUUCAAGGCUGCCGUGUCUGCCAUUGUUGGACGGUCACAGGGCUCAUUCAGCUGGGCAGAAAUGGCAAUUGCAUAUGCGAAGCAACAGAAGACUCUAAACCAGGCUGUUUCCUCUGUGCAGAGCUUGCCACAGACCAUGCCAGAGCUACUUGACUUCCACUCAAAGCACAUUGAUCUCAGCCAGCAGGGCACAAUCAACGUUGUUUCCUGGCUCGCUGCAGCCGAGAGACCUCUACUCGUGGAAGAGGUUGAGCACUUGCUGAAUGUGAUCCCCUCAAGCCCCAGCUACAUUUCUAAGCGCCCGCAGGAAAGCUUCGAGAUUCUGAAUGCGCUCAGUCCUUUGGUCAUGACUCGCGACGGUGUCGUAUCAUUUGCACACACAUGCAUCCGUGAUCAUGUCAUCAAACAGGCUAAGUCAAAUGGAGGACAGUCAGAGCUCAGCCUCAAGGAUGCGCAUUACGAUCUUCUCUCUAGAUCACUCUCCUGCGUGCAGUUGAGUAUGAGUGAAGAGGUUGAUGUCUCCCUCGAUAAACUGAGCAUGGAGGAGCGCAACCAACUUUUCGACAAGUAUGUCGUGUUGGAAUAUACCGCGCGCUACUGGUUGUCACACCUUCUGUCUUCUCCUCUCGUUACCGAUGACGGGGAAUUCCACUUUACCUCGGACUUCAAGAAGCUCAUGCCCGCAACAGUCCUGUUCGCGCGUCUGGAGCUGACUUGUCGCGAGUCUCAGUUCACUCGGUCCAGUGUGGUAGAGCUCUAUCGACUUGCAAGUGACAUUCGGCGAGUGGUGCUCGGCGAAAAGUCUAUGGCGUUAUUAGAGAGCCUUGUUCUCAGUGCACGGGUUUCCAAAUUGGCCCACGCAAGUCACGCCGACGAGCAUUGUUAUGAAGCGUGGAAGAUGAGCCAAGAGCUUCUCGGCCAGUCCCACACCAUCACUCUGACCUGUGCUGAGAUGAUGACUGAGUCAUUUGCCGAACGAGGAUCAAUGACAUCGCAGCAAGAGGACAUCAUGAAGUAUCUGAUUUUGACUGACUCUGAUAUCACCGGAGUCGAGUUCAACCAGCGCCUGAAGUACCUUGGAAUGAUCGUUGGCAUGUACAAGUCCCGUGGCGACAACAAAUCUGCCCUCUUCAUCUCGAAGCACUUCUACCAGCAAAUUCUUCAGAAGUACGGAACCAACUCGCACCAGUCAUCGGAGACUGCAGACUUCUUGACCGGUCAAUUCUCCACAACUGGAAGCGACGAAAUGAGCCGUGAUAUUGCGAGAACCAAGUAUGAUAAUGUGGUUCGCACCAUGGAGGUUACAGACGAUCGCCGCAUCAGUUACACUCUUUACAUGGCAGAGAUGUACGAGAAGCAGGGUGAUAAGGUUCAUGCCCAGGCUGUACUUUCCAGCCUCUGGGCUGGUCUCAACUCACGAGACAUUGAUUCCGUCGAUAUGAUGGAUAAAAAGUCCAAUGUUGCACUUGUUUACUACCAGUUCCUGCGCCGACAGGGCCGAAAUGACGAGGCCGAAGUGAUCAUCCGGGAAUUGGUUGCUGAUCUCGAGGUGACCGGUAUCCAUUCCUCGGAAAUGAUGCAGCGCGUGUCACUCCUCAAGUCAGAGACUCGUGAGAUGCACAUGUAUAGUCUGGAUCGUUCCUUGUCCGUCCUCAUGUGGCGUUACUAUAAGGAGACCCACCAGGAGUACUCCGAGGAGGCGACUGCCCUUGCGCUUUCCAUCGCUCAGAGCAUGGCAAAUGCGGUCUCAAUUGAGGACGCUUCGUCCCUUACCUUGCGCGAUCGCAAGCUGCUGGUCGAGCUAUUGGACGUGAUCUCAGCUAGCUCGAACAACCUCACAGUCACGACAUUGAUCAUGUGCCACAACCUCUCUAGCAUCUACGUCCGCGAGGGAGACUUUAUACAAGCCAGUGAAUGCACAAUGGCUGUUAUGCAGCAUAUCUGGCCGACUGUGGAACAAGCCAAGUCCUACAAGGAGUUCUCGCAUGAGCUUGCACCUCCCGCGGCAGAUCUUGCUCUGGUCCUGGCAUACUGCUACUUCCGCAGGCUGCAUCUGGAGCAGGCCACGAUUGUGUACCAAAAUGCCUUUGGAUCUCUGAUUGCUUCCGACAGAGUCCCCGUUCCAUCUGUGCUGGCUGUCGCCAAGGCCGUGGUUGGAUUCUACGAGACGUCCUAUCAGUUCAACAAGGCGCUCACUCUGUUGCACACAGUCAGCAACUUCCUGUCUUCUCGGAUUGGUGAAUCCCACAAGCAUACCAUCGACAACAUGUAUCUUGAAGCUGCUCUAGCGACUCGCCUUGAGAUGCCUGGUGAGGCCAAGAGCGUGUACCAGAGAAUCUUCAAGGCUACUUCGCAGGAGAAGACCAUCGCCCCCGAGGGUAUCGAGGCCGCAAUCGCGCUUGUGGCUCUGUACGAGUCGGAGAUGCAGUGGGACUCUGCCCUGGAAGUUUACCGAGCUCUUUGGCCAACUUUGGUUGUCGAGGACAACAAGGAGGAGUCAUACGAUCACACUCUCUUGGACCGAAUGCUCGAAAAGACUUACAUGGGAUACAUGUCUAUCUUGACGACCAAGAGAACCUCUGGAUUUACAGAGCGGUGGCAGGUCGCCUCCGACUAUGUCAUGACUUGUCGCCAUGUGCAUGGUGAGACUAGCCAGAAGACGCUGAACGCCACUCUGCUCUUCGCCGAGCUAUGCGAGUCCAGCGAUCUGUACAUGGACCAAGCAAUCAACCUGUACAAACUUCCUCUUCAGACCAGCGAGUGGGUUGCUACCCCAGAGGCUUCGAAGGGUCUAGAUCAAAUGACCGCUCCCUUGCCCAUUACACUCAAGCAUAAGCUCGCUCAGCUGUUUGUUCGGAAGCAUGACUCAACCAGCGAGGCCCGCUCCCUAUAUACAGAGGAGUUCCAGUUAGCCAAGAAGACCCAAGGAUACUUCUCGACCACCACGCUUUCUUGGCUGCGGGAGCUUGCUCUUGCGCAUUCACGACAGAGUACCCCUACAUCUGUGCAGCAAGGGAAUGCCAUCUUGCAUACCUUCUCUACAGAUGUGCUGCAUGCCGGUGGCGACUCUGAUCAGGUAGGCGAUUGGGCACGCAGAAUUGCAACCAUCUAUCUCGAAUGCGGAUUCAUCGAGGGGGGCAACAACGUGCUCGACGAGCUCCGCCAACGCGUGAUCUAUAGCUCUGAAGCUUCAGCCAUGACUCUAGGUGAGCGUCGCGACGCUGUGUUCGUGGCUGCCUUUGAGGAAGUGUUCGGAAAGCGUGCCAGCUACGACCAAAUCAUGAAAGAGAUGGCUCGUGAGAUGGGUACCUACCAAACAUUCUCUAAGAACCUCUCUGGCCACGACUUCGUGCCUACCUUGAUCUCUGGCCAUGUGUUGUACACUCUCCAGCACGAUCAGAAGCGAACCCGCGCUGCAAAUGACACCAAGGAUAAGUUGUACGAUUACUUCUGCUCCAACCUGUCUGCCACCAGUGUGAGCGACAAGGGAAUUGUACAGCAGUUCUACCAGAUCUGUCUACGCGAAAUCCACCACGAGAACUACACCACCAGCAUUCUCAAUACGUCUACAAACCUCGUUCGCGAACUGUGCAACUCGUCCCGGUUCCAGGAAGCCGCUAUUCUGACGGGUGUGCUGCACUCGUUCCUGCACCUGACCGAUGGCUUGAACAACUAUGAGAACAUCAAGACCGCCACGCAGAUCUGUCUGUACUUGAGCGGUCACAAGGCAACCAAAUGUACAGAUGAAGAGACUUACAGUGGCAUGUCAGUGAAGUCAAAGCUACUCUUGCAAGACAUCAUGACAGCAUCCAAGUCCAUCGGCAUCGAGAUGGUUGACAUGCCCUUCAGCGACCUGAACAACAUCAUAACCCUUCUAGGCGAAUACGAAAUGUUCGACGACCUGGAAGCCAUCCUAACCCAGCUCUGGACCUCCCGCAUCGUCCAACGCACCUGGACCCCAGACGUAGUCGUGUGGAUUGGCCGACGCCUAGUCGAAACCCGCUUCUGCCGCGGCCACAUCGACUCUUCCAUCCAGCUCUGCCGCGACAUCUGCUACAAUCUGCGACAGGUCUGGGGAAGCUGCGAUCCUGUGACUUUGGAAAUGACCAAGCUGCUCUCCGGUCUCUUCACUGCUUCCGAAAACCACCAGUCAGCGGCAACCUUGCAUGAAGGCAUCCUGUAUGAUCUGCUCGGCGAUUCUGAUGCGAAGACCCAUGAGAAUGGCGCCGAUACUGCUUCGCAGCACAUGGAACUGCUGCGUCGGGCGCAGGGCCGACUGGGCGGCCAGACCUCGAAGAGGGCUUCGGCGCAUGCCGGAUUGUUCCAGUCGCUUACCGAUCGCUUUGGAUUGCAAUCUGAGCAGAGUCAGAGUGUUGGAGAGGCCAAUGGCGGUGACCAGUUUGGUAUCUGGUCUAAGCCUCGACGAUUCAGUAUCGAUGUCGAAGACAUGGAGAAGGAGGGAUUGACUCAUCAUAAUCAUCUGCGUGGGUCGAGUGGAGCUGGCCUCUAUGGAAAUGGUGCUCCGAGACGUAUUUCGGUGCAGGCUCUGUGA